AUGUGGAUAUUUGGAUAUGGUUCGCUUGUAUGGAGACCAGAUUUUCGAUAUAUUAAUCGAAUAGAAGGUCAUAUUAAAGGUUUUAUUCGACGUUUUUGGCAAUUAUCAGAAGAUCAUCGUGGUAUACCAGGAAAACCAGGAAGAGUAGCUACUUUGAUUUCAACUGGAAAUCCAUCUGAUUGUGUUUAUGGUGCUGCUUAUGAAAUAUCCAAUGAAGACGAAGUAAGUGUCCGUCAUGUACUUGAUGUACGUGAAAAAGAUGGUUAUACAAUUAUUGAAACAAUUUUCUAUCCAAAUAAUCAUGAACAAAAAGAAUUCGUUUGUUAUACAUAUAUGGCUCAAUCAAAUAAUCCAUUUUGGGGUGGUGAUGCACCAUUAGAUCAAAUAGCUGAACAAAUAGCUCGAGCACAUGGACCAAGUGGUUCUAAUCGUGAAUAUUUAUUUAAAUUAGUUGAAGCUAUACGUGCAAUAACUACAAUAGAUGAUGAACAUUUAUUUACACUUGAUGAACUUGUCAAAAAAAUCUUAAUUCAAGAUGAACAAAAAGAAAAAUAA